AUGAGUCCAACUGACUGGGUCCUGAACACGAUACAUCCACUCCUUUGCUUCCUUCAGCCGGCUCUUUUGAGUAAUACAAGGCACUGUUGGUUCGAAUUCUCAGCUCUGAGUCCCCAGUAUUCUCGGAGUCCCGGUGCCGCCAUUCUUGUUCGAGUAUCAACUAUCAUCGACAAGACGAUCGUGUCACUCUUCGCCUUCGCUGCGGCAUUCUCUGCUGCCAUUGCCGCACCCACUUCUCCUGAGGAGACGCACCCUAGCCGGAUUUUCAAGCGGAAGAACUGUCCUUCUGAUUUCAGCUCCACUGGAUCGUGCAAUGGAUCUUCUUGCCGAUGGGGCUUGAUCAACUACCCUUGCGAUAUUGGUUCGUGUGUUGGUCCCGGUGGAGGUGACGGCUCAUGCUGCGGUUGGGCUCCUAAUGGUGCUUCUAAGUGCCCCAACGGAGGCUGGUAA